AUAUGUUUUAUUUACUAUAACACAUAUCACUUGAUAUUAGAGGCAUUUAAGAUGAUCGUGAAAUUUAUAUUGUUUCAAAACUGCACGAACCGAUAAAAAUACAAUAUCCUUAGGGAAGGAACCCAUUAUUAUAUUUUGUACUUACCAUCAUAGCAGCCAGCUAAAUGAACCGAAAACAAAAAGGUUAUGUUCGCCAUAAAGUUUGUUCCGUGAAAGAGUAAUAUUCUGCAGACACUAGUGUUCCCAGCUUCACAGACAAUACAGAAUCUUCUCUCUCACUCUGGACUGUCAAAAUGUUGUGAACGAAGCACAAUUCACGGAAACUAUGCUGAAAUAUUACUGACACCGACUACCAUUUCAUAUUAGGCCUACUUGAAAAACGCGCCGUAAGAUGGGAUAAUGAUCGACUUCGUUAUUCCGUUGUUUACGCGGUAAAUUUAUGUGACGUUGCGAUAGUUACAUUGGCCGAAUGGUCUAAACCGAAGGUCAAUAAAACGCAGCGAAACGGAAAUAAAAUUGUCUUUAUAUGUAAAUUUAAAACAAAAAUACAUUAAUGUUACCAUAAAUGAAUAUAUAAACACACCUAAUAAAAUAUUUGUGUGUUUAUUUGACAACUUUAAAUCAACUAAGAGGUUAUAAAUGUCAUAUUAACGAGAGCAUUAUUAUUAUGUACGAAGUAUAUGGGAAGGAUCGGAAUACAUAUUUCAAGAUAUAAAUCAGGGCCAGGUGAUACAUCACGACUUAAUUCAAAACAAAAUGACUUUGAAGCCGCUAAUUAGACAUUCAUCUCGCUGUUUAACUAAGAAAAUGGCGUGUUACGUAACACUGUUAAUGUUUCUGGGAUACUCGCCUUUCAUAAUAUACGACACGUACGUAACAUUUGUAGAAAUGGAGUUCUAUAAGCUUCAUAUGGAAGACAUGGCUUGCAAUGCAAAUGAGUUUCAGUGCAUAAUACCAGAAUACGAUCCAAAUGAUCCACGUGUUAAAAAAUACCUGUCUACGUCGUCAAUUAUCCGGUGUGGCGAGCCCCAACUCUACCUCACAUACCUGGAUUCUGAUGGCUACAUCCAUCUUAACAAGACAACCAUAAAGAACAGCGGUCACAAAGAAAGUGACUAUGAAUGUCACUACUCCGAGAUUUUCCGUACAAAUAAAUCAGACAAUAAGUUCUCUUUAGGAGUUGCACGGAUGUUUAAAGAAACUGAAAAAAUCCAUUCAUCUGCAUUUGUUCUAGCAAGGUGCUUCUUAAAGACAGCGAAGUUGGUUUAUGAAACUGGACACGCAUAUGUGCCUCCUCCAUCAGCAGAACUUUAUAAAUCCUCCAGAAGACAGAGUGAUGGUGACAUUAAUCACCCCAGUGUCCUCAUAUUUGGGCUGGACUCCAUGUCACGCCUGAAUUUCAUCCGUCAGCUUCCAAAAACGUACCAUUUUCUUACCGAUGUUCUUGGUGCCAUAGUUUUUAAAGGUAUGACCAAAACUGGUGAUAACACUUUCCCAAAUAUGAUGGCACUGUUAUCUGGAAUUAAUGUUCAUAAACGGAACAAUAAAACCAAUUUCCUCUCAGUAGUUAGACCUUCCUACUUUGAUGAUAUUCCUCUGGUAUGGGACUCAUUCAGAGAUAGCGGAUAUGCUACAAUGUAUAACGAAGACAGCCCAAGUUUGACAAUCUUUAACUUUCACGCUUCAGGUUUCAAAGACCCUCCAACAGAUUAUUAUGUGCGUCCAUUUUGGCUUGCUAUGAACAGUAUCAAUAGUUUUAAAUCAAAAGACUCGCGAUGUUAUGGUAAUACACCAAAACACUUGUAUCUUCUUGAUUACAUCGAACAGUUUGCAGCAAGGAUGAAAAAUCAUCGAUAUUUUGCCUUUGCGUUCUUGACACUUCUCAGUCAUGAUGAUCUCAAUGAGGUGCAGGUAGCAGACUCAGAUUUUGAGAAGAUGUUCCUCAAGAUGCAACGUGAAGGACAACUCAACAACACCAUUGUAAUGGUGUUGGGAGACCACGGUAAUCGGUUUAGUGGACUGCGAAAGACAGAAAUCGGACGGGUGGAGGAGCGCAUGCCGUUCCUUGCUGUGUCACUGCCACGAGACUUCAAACGCAGAUUCCCGCACCUUGUGGCAGGACUGAAGCAGAACCAGAACAAUCUUCUGAGCUGGUUUGACUUCUAUGAAAUGCUGAUGGACUUAGCUCACAACAAUCUGGGCAAGAAAUCCUUGGUCCAACGUUAUGGGACCAUCGGCAGUUCACCAUUUAGAUGGAUAUCAAAAAAUCGAACUUGUGAACAAGCUGGGAUACCAGAUGAGUAUUGUAUAUGUGCAAGAGAAACACAGCUGAAUUCCAAUGAUGAGAGAGUGAAGACUGCAGCAAGGGAUCUGGUGGCUUACAUAAAUUCUGACCUUCUAGGAGACGCCAUCAACCGAGGACUGUGUUCUCCUCUAAACUUAAAGCACAUUCUAAGCGCACAGAUGUUGGCUCUCGGACCUCAGGUCGCACAACCGAAGGGAUUUAGGGUUCUGUACAGGGUGAUGGUGCAGGUGAUGCCUAGCGAUGCACUGCUUGAAGGCACUCUGGAGGUCGAUGCUUGGAGCAAACGAGGUAACACAGUGGGAGAUGUAAACAGGAUAAACAGGUAUGGAAAUCAAUCACAUUGCAUAACUGACACAAUCAUGCAACUUUACUGUUAUUGUACCGAUCUCUUGGGUAAACGUUUUCAAAAUGAUGCAUUACAAGUGACAGAAAACUAUUAAAUUUAAGCCACAUACACUCUGACUCAGGUAUAAAAAAUAAAGUGAUUCUUUCUUAAGUAAUUCAUAUUGUCCAAUCUCACUAUUGAAAUUACAGCAAAAUAUAGGAUCUACAUACACAUAGCUUUAAUUUACUAAUUUUAUGCCAGUGGUUAUUCUUCCAAGGGAAUAAGAAGUGAAAUAUAUACUUAAUCUUACACCAGGAGACAAAGUGCUGAAAUAUGUAUAUAUAAAAUAUUUCUCACGUUUUUGUUGUUAAGAAAAUAAAUAUGAUUUAGGAAGGCUGUGACAAUGUUUUUUUUUUGUGAAUGUUCACAAAAUAUUACAAUUUCUGCCAUUAAAACAAAUAUUUAUAUUUAAAUGAUGCCAAAGCAUUAUAAUGUUACACAAAAUAGGAGCAAUCGCUCACUUCUCAUUCAAAUGCAGCAGUUAGAUUUUGUAAAAUGACUAUUUUUAAUUUCUUUUAUUUAAUGCAAAAGUAACAUAGUUUUAUUAUUGAGAUAGUAUAAGUUUUCCAUGGCAGUGAAAAUGUGAAUUGAAGUAUUCUGGGCUUGUGAUGCCAUGUCGUCUGGUAAGCGGGUACCAAUGUUUCAGAGGAACACUGGCAACCAACAACAAGAAUUCAUCGCAACACAACCCAAACAACCACAGUAAAUGUUAACUAACCAUUUAGAUUAGGGAUCUCAGAUAUUUUUAUCUAAUGAGACAAACAGCAGAAUUUUCUACUGCUCCUUAGUUAGAUUUUGAUGGUAUGGAAUGCAACUUGUAUCAUGCAGGAAACUCACGUAAUUUUUAGACACAGCCUACGUACACAAUAUCUGAAGUGCCCUUAGACAUUAAACAAUAGAAAUGGAACAAGUUUACUAAAACUAUAAAAGCACAACUAAUUUUUCUUUACCCUCCAUGUUCAGGAACUAACUUUUAAUUAUGUCAAAUUAAAAUCUUGGAUAUUACCCUGGUUUUAUAAAGCUCAUAGGUCAUAUUUCUAAGACAAAAUGUAUAAAAAUAUUUAACAGAAUUAUGUACGGCUUACGCAUGCAUAUGGAACACCUUGUAAGGAGUGAUCAAAAAAGUGAAAAAUUUGGCAGUUUCACAAAUAUAUUGCUUUCUUAUAGGAGGUAUAGAGCAUAAUUGCUACAUAUAAAUUAUAUCAGCAGUUAGGACGAAAAUAAUUUCUGCAUUAAUAGGAGUUCAUCUUAGCCAGUCAUAAUAUUUACUAAAAAUCAGAAACAUGACGGCCAAGCCAUACACUGGAAUUUACUGACAUCUCGCUGUUGUGUACAAAGCAACCCAAAACUAUCGUACUUGAUGACUUUGGCAAUUUUAGACAAUAACGCAAAUGUGCGAAGAGCUUGAAUUUAGCCAGAAGGUUAAUUAUGAUUCCCUCACUAUGGAGGAAGAAGGAGAAGAAGAAAAAAAGUAACAAUUUACUUAUUACUCCUAACAUUCUUUUCAUAUUACACAUACGUCACGUGUGAGAAAAACGUAAGUUCCAUAACUUUAAUUUUCUGUGAAGGAAACUAAUAAUAACAUUGUAUUAUAGUUGGAUCAGCAUGAAAGUGUAUGAUAAAGAUAAGUAGCAAAUAGUUUUGUUUUUCUAUUACUUAUAGAACUAUUUUUGUGUCUUGCUAAUUUUCUGUCCAUUCCAAGUUUUCUAGUCGUGGAGUCACCUACAUAAGAUUUCCGUGUAUUAUACUCUGAAACAGAUAAUUUCAAAGUUGUAGGCUUCGAAUGGAUAUUUUCUAUGUUCUCAAUAUGUAAUUCUUCCUUUACUGUAUAUGAAACUAUAUUUUGUAUAUUUCAUUUUACACUGUUUGUGUCAUACUUAUUUUGACUUCAUAACAAGUGGAAACAAAGUGCAUUACGAAAAACACUGAUGGUAACAUGUAUCUCUGUUGAACUUAACAAGGCAUCAAUCCUUUGAUGCUAAAGCUCAGACAAAUAAUAUUUAAACAUUCAGUCCUUCCUUCAAAGAAAAUGCAACAUCUCGCUGUUACAAAGAUCAGUUUGCUAAUACUGUUUUAAUAAAAUAAUUGGUUUAUUCUGAGGAUCACAUUGAGCCCAUAAACAACCUCUGAACAGAAUGCAGAAUUACUUAUUAUUAAAUCAGGUGGUACACAUAGUUACCACUGGCUUUAAAGGAUUAUUUUAACAUACAUAAGUACAAGGUCACAGAUUAAUCACAUAACUACAAAAUAUAAAUUUAUAUAAUUUCAUAUACGGCAAUGAAUGACAGGGUACAGGGAAUUAAUGACAUUAGCAUCAUGACCAUUUGCAAUCUGUUAUGCAAGCAGUGUGUCACAAAUAGGCGUAUUCUUAUACACGCAUACAUCCGUGAAGACCACUUUAGAAUUUGUUUGUUACUAUCUGAUAAACUAUGUGCUGUAAGAUGAAAAUGUACCUUACACAACAAAUUCAUAAAAAUGGUUGUUUUUUAAACUUCCACCUCAAACAUUUUUUAUUUACACAAUAAUUACUGAAAUACAGCUAAACAUGUAUUUCAGUUUUCAUGAAAAGUAAUCUUUUAUUUGGAAUUUAAACCAAAAUUAAAUUUCUUUUACAAAUUUUAAAUCAUUACCAAAAAUAACCAUACUUCACUGAAAUCCCUUCAAACAGAUCAAAAUGACUUUGUUACAGUGAAGACACUGUUGCAAAAAAAAAUAUCCCUAAAAUGGGGGAAGAAAUCAAGGUGUUCAUUUUCUUUGAAGCAAGGAAAGCUGUAACUUUUAACUACAUUUUCACUAACAAUAACAUUUCCCAAAAUGUGUGUAGUGUAUAUACAAUCAGCAUGUACUCUCAUGGACAGUUUUUCAUGUUAAAUACCCAAAAAGAAAAUCAUACUUUAGGUUAAGGAAUUAGUACUGCUGUUUGCGUAUCAGUGGACAAAGGGAUGAGAUUCUUCCUCAUAAAAUAAAUUUCUGUGAUAUCUCCGAUUAUCCUGGAUAAUAGAAAACUGAUCCAAAUUGUUUCGAUGAAGAUAAAGCUACCAGAUUUGCAUGUUACAAGUUAUUAACAUUUUUAAUAUGUAGUUUCCCAUCAUAAUGAGUGAAAUGCACAUCAUCAGCAAAUCAAUUCACGUACUCGCAGGAUAAUUACAUUUAGAAAUACAUAUAUAUGUAUGUUAUGUGACACUUUUAAGAAAUGUGUGCCUUAAAUAACUGAUGUAAUUUCAUGUUUAACAAAUUCUGCAUUAUAUAUUUAGGAUAAUUGUUCUUAUAUGUAGUUAUCGUAAAAAAUUAUACUCAAUAUAACUGCAUCCAAUAAAAUUGAAAUAGCUGUCUGCUGAUACCUGUUCAGAGUUGAAAGAAGUUUAGAUUAAACAUUCAAGGACUAGUACAGAGAGAGUCUGAGCAUAGAGAACAGCUGCCAUAACUAAGUUUCUUUUUGUUUUUCCUAAUCUCUCCAGGCAAAUGCUGGAGUAGAAUCUUAUGAAGACCAUGACAGCUUCCUUUCACAUCCUUUCUAAUUAAUCUUUCAUAAAUGUCCUAUCACUUGCUCUAUAACCUGUGCAGCUGAAGAGUGUUGAUAUAUAACCCAAGAAUAAAUUUAUAUAUACUCUUAAAUAUUUUACUUCUGAAAAAUCUAUAAUAAAAAUAGAUAAGACAUUCUAAAACUAUGACAACUACAUGUUGCAUGCAAAAUUUUAUGUAAAGUGAUACAAAUUAUGUUAUAAAUUAGUUUAAUAGAUGUAAAAGGUUGGUAGACCUUGGAGCUUUUGAAGUGACUUUUCUUAAUAUAUAUAUGAUAGAUUAAAAUAUAUUUCAGUAUAUUAAAAACACAGUAAUAUUGUUUUCAUAGCACGUUUAAAUGUAUUUGUUGACAUCUCAAUCCACUGCAUGGAUGCAACUGUUAAAACUGCCAUUUUAUUUAAAAAUUCUGUUCACUAACUUUGGUCCAUGUUUUCCCGUUCCUUUUAAUUCUGCAAGUGGAAUGGAAAUUUUAAUAGAUAAAUCAUAACAUGUCUAGUGAACACACAUGUAUCAUUGUUUAUUUGCCAAAUGUAACAAAAGGUUCUACAGACUAUGGGGACAUGAAUAAUGCAUGACAAACGCGUUAUAAUGCUUUCUGUUGGAAAUUAUGUGCCUUUUUGGGGCCUUAUUUUUGGCUGUUUUAAGUGCCUAAAAGUCACUUUCCUAUUUUUAAAGAUUCAAGGUCCAUUAGCCUAAAUAUUUCCAUAUUUGUAAAAAUACAUAUUUAUGGAAUAUUACUAUGAAUAUAAAAUGUAACCAAAGAUUGUUUUCAUUUUAAAUGGCUAAGUCAUAUUCUCAGUAUAUCGGAAAUGUUACUGUGUUUAGAUGGCGCUAGAAAUGUGCACACAAGUUACACAUUUUUGUUGAAAAUAAGUGCUAUUAUAAAUAUUUGAUGAAUAAAAUGGAAGCUUUAUUGCCAACUGUUUAUCACUU